UUGAAUUGUGUUGUUACCGCAUUUCAGAGAGCCGUAGCGCUAGGCGUGUUCAUAGUGAAUCAAGACUUCCUGGAACUUUGCCAACAAGUCAAAUCACAAGAAGAAAUCGAGAGAGUGGCGACUGAGUGCAGGCUUCCACUUUUUGCUGGCCUCACUAUCGCUUUCUUUGGCUUUAACGAUGAAAUAGCAGAAGACCAUCUACAUACCGUCGAGUCAAAUGGUGGCCACGUGAGCACAACAACGAAAGACGCAACUCACGUAGUUGUGGCUCCUGACGUGCGGCCGCCAGCAUCUUGCCAUGGAAAGUACCUUGUCACAAUGGAUUGGUUCCGUGAGAGUAUGGAUUUGGGAUGGUGUGCGAAUGAGCAGUGUUUUGAGCACAAAUGGGUAGAGCCUUCGCCUAAACUAGGACGUAGAAACAGUUUCUUGAAAUUAUCAAGGAGAAGAGGACCGGAAUCAAGUGCGAAGAAGUACAAGCGUUAUCAGUUAUGUUUGGAACUAUUCAAAACGGAAGUUAACUGUUUGAAAGUGUCAGAUUUCCUAGUGCGGCUUUUCGAAGAGAACACGUAUGUGUCAGCGGAGGCAAACGAUAUUAUGUUUGGCGUGUACAGUUCGAUGCGUAAAGCUCACGAUAAAAUUGUGCAGAGAAUGGGUCAGGUGCUUGAUACAUGGAACGAUCACAGUACUGUUGGAGACAUUAUCGUUGAAGAAUCUCCAUUACUCGUAGCAGCCUACACACCGUAUUUCCAUGCGCUAGAAACUUCGCUGCAGUAUUUGAAAGAGAAUCGGAAGAAGAAUACAAAGUUCAACUCAUUUAUAGUGGAUAAGGAACGUGAUAGAUCGCUGGGAAAUCAGAAAGUGGAAUACCUGCUGAACGUACCAUUCCAACAGAUAACGAGCAGGAUUCCAGUUUCAUUAAAAGGUUUGGCUAGUAAAAUGUAUCUUUUUGAAGGGAAUAUAGGAAAAUUAUCGGCAAAAAUCCCCUUUCUGAGUUGUGCCAUAGUUUCGACUAUUGGACGUUCAUACCUCGCGCUGGUUGUCGCGAACAUCAAUGAGAGCAAGAGGUUGGGAGCUGAAAGUGAAGCGAUUUUCAAGAAAAUGCAGGAUUUGCCGGGCCACAUUCUAAAAUCACCUCAUCAGUUCAUCUGUGGAUUGGAAUUUCUCUCAAUACCAAAUGGAGAUAACAUCUGGAAUUGUUUUGUUGUCGAGCUGCUACUUUUCAAGGAUUGUGUUCUGAUGACUGAGAAAUUGGGUCGAAAUAUGUCCUGUGGUGCCUUCUUACGCGGACAACCGGCGAAAACUCUGAAGUUCAUAGAGUACUGCGAUCUGGUCAGAAUUCGAGCUGUAAGAAUAAUUUUGAAUUCAGAGGAUGAACGUAUACUAGUGAUUGUUGUUCGAAAUCCAACAAAAGAUGCUGAAUGGUGCUUGCAAAUCGUGUAUUCCAACGAAAUGGUCAAUGAUUUCUUGGCAAAAUUAGUGGAAGAAGUAUUUCUAGCCACAGGAAGGCAUAUCUCAGUGGAAAUAGGGUGCUCAGCGGAAUUCGAUGAAACAACUUUGAAUGAGUAA